GCCUACAAGUAAAGAGCCUAAAGGGAAAGGGAACAAAGGGAAAGAGAUAGUGGUUGGGGGAAGUGGAACAAAAGCGUCCAACACUAAAUCAAAAACCUAUUUCCUUGAAAAUUAUAAAGUGCAAAAUUUGAGUGGUAAGUGCAAUGUGAUGAAAACUAUGAUGUUGGGAUUAAAAGAAGGGGAGCACGUUAAGGUACAUUGCACUAAAAGGACAUUCAAUAUGGAAAAGGACUUUGAAAUUAGUGUCACCGUUGAAGACACCGAUCAACUUCUCUCGGGAGCAUGGCUCAAUAUAUCAAUAAUACAAGUUUUUGCUACGGCUUUGAGUGAGUUGUGUUUUCACGAUGAUUGUCACCCCAAUAGUAUUGGAUUCAUGUGCCCGGAGAUGAUCUCGGCCACCAUGUUAAAGUCCGAUGCAGAUCGAAUUCUAUUGUACAUGACGAGGUCCAUGAGUGCACUUAGUUCUAAGACAUUCAUCUUAUGUCCAUACUACGAAAAGAGUCACUGGAUGCUUUUAGUUCUUUGCUUGUCUAAACGUGAGGUCUACAUAUUUGAUUCUCAACAGAAGAAGAGAAAUUUGAUGAUUAAGGAGCCACUAAACAAUGCUUUUCGGAGUUACAAGAGACUAGGUGGACAAUCUAAGGGAACUAAAUUAACAUGGAUUCCAGCACAGUGUGCUCAACAACCGGGAUCACUAGAUUGUGGCUACUACGUCAUGCGUUUUAUGUACGACAUAAUAAUGAAUCAUGGUAAUAGUCAAGAUCUUACUAAGGAUUUUUCAAGAACAUUGCCUUAUUCAGCGGAGGAGAUUAAUGAGGUGAAAGAUUUUUGGGCAGAUUACUUCAUGAACAAUGUCGAAUUUUUAGCUUAAUUUGUAAUAUGAACUUGAUCUCUAGCUAGCUACGUACCUUUGUUGUAAUAAUUUUAUGUUUGUUGUAACAUGUUGGUUGAUCGAUCUAUGACGAAUUUAAUUGCCUUUUAUUGGGAACGUUAAUUACGUUGUAAACUUUUGUGACAGGUAUUAAUUAUAAAUGUAUUCCCGGUAUUGGGAAUGAA